CGAGAGAGAGCACGACUAAUCUUUCUUCACGGCUUCACUGACGCACGACUCGGUUUUUGGCCGUCCGUUCUUCUCCUCUUCCGCCGAUUUCUUCAUCUCUUUCAUCUUCAUUCGUCUCUUCUUCUUUUUCUCUUCUUGAUACGAAACGACACCGUUUACCACCAUGUUUGAUGAAAGCAAGUUCGAUGUCAAUCUCAAGCUGUGGGCUCUUAGAAUACCUCGUGAACUCUGUAAAAGCGCAACUCGGAUACUCAAUGGAUACAUGCUCAACAUGCCAAGAAUUAAGCCCAUCACCGAAGAUCCUGCUUGUGAAAAGACUCGUUUGGUGAUAUUGUCCGAAAAUGUUAAAAAUUCUGAUUUAUCGGACAUACCCGAUGAAAAACUAAACCAGCUCAAGAAACUAAGCGAAGUUGAAGUAGUUCCUCAUUCGGUCACCCUUGGAUAUUCCUAUUGGAGUGCAGAUCACAUACUGAAGCAGAUUCUGCCAGAUGGAGUGGAUAUACCUUCAUCUUUUGAAACAAUAGGUCAUAUUGCACACUUAAAUCUUCAUGAUGAGCUCCUUCCAUUCAAAGAUGUUAUAGCAAAGGUUAUCUACGAUAAAAAUUAUCCAAGGAUCAAGACAAUUGUUAAUAAAGUCGGGACGAUCUCUAAUGAGUUUCGAGUGCCAAAUUUUGAAGUGUUAGCUGGAGAAAAUGGGAUGGAAACAGAAGUAAAGCAAUAUGGGGCAAGAUUUAAGCUGGACUACAGCCUGGUUUAUUGGAAUUCCAGACUGGAGCACGAGCACAUGCGCAUUUCAUCUCUUUUUAAACCUGGAGAAACCGUGUGUGAUAUGUUUGCUGGUAUUGGACCUUUUGCUAUUCCAGCUGCACAAAAAGGAUGUUUCGUUUAUGCAAAUGAUUUAAAUCCAGACAGUGUUCGGUACUUGAAGAUCAAUGCAAAGUUCAAUAAGGUUGAUGAGUUGAUUUGUGUGCACAAUAUGGAUGCUCGAGAAUUUAUUUCUCAGUUGAUGGUGGUCUCAACUUGUGAGGGUAAUUUGCAACCAGUUGCUGAUGAGAAAACAAAAGAAGCAGUCGCGAGUCGAGGAGCUGAGACUGAUGUAGAGGAUAAGGAUGCUGGAGUUAGAAGAGAGGAAAUACGUGCUAAUGCAAGCAUAAAUGAGCCUCUUGGUGCUGAUAAGAAGCCAUCUGGUCUUUCAAAGACAGAAAACGGGGUAGGGAAAGAUUGCAAGACUACAGAAGGAAACACUAAUAAGAAGCUGAAACAAACGUUGCUUCCAAUCGCAAAGCCGUGGGAACAUAUCGACCACGUUAUAAUGAACCUUCCAGCUUCUGCCUUGGAGUUUCUCGAUGCUUUCAGUAAUGUUAUUCAAAGGAAGUAUUGGAAGGGAACUCUUCCUUUAAUUCAUUGCUAUUGUUUCAUACGUGCAAGCGAAACCACAGAGUCUAUAAUUGCAGAAGCUGAAACUGCGUUGAAGUUCCAUAUAGAAGACCCUGUCUUCCACAAGGUCAGAGAUGUUGCGCCAAACAAGGCGAUGUAUUGCCUAAGCUUUAGACUACCUGAAGCAUGUUUGAGGCAAGAAGACUAACAAGACAUUUUUGGGAAGAGAGAAGAAUCAAGAACAUCUGCUCGGUUUUUUUAGUUUUUUUUUUCAUUUGUUUUUUGGUAUCAUAAAAUAUCAGGGAUCAGUAAUGAAUGAGAUGCUACAUUUUUGGUUUCACGCUAA